AUGGCGGACGCAGCGGAUGAUUUCAAGUACGUGGAGCUCUGCAAGGGCAUCAACGGUCUCGACAAGGUUGUCCUCAGGGAGGUCCGCGGGAGCUCGGCUGAGGUUUGUCCUGAUCUCGUUUUCUGUUCCCACUGUUUGUCGCCUAAGUUUGUCACGACAAUGUUGUUUACGGCGUGGAAUUCUCUUCUCGGAUCGAUUUUUUUAGUUGCCGUCUAGCAAUUCUCGAGAUUGUUUUACUCCUUUUGGUUCUGCGUUUUCUUGGAUCUGAUGUGUUCUUUCGUCCAUCGAGAGUUAUAUCUUAUGUCUUCUGGAUCCUCGAGAAUCUCUUGUUUCUGCCUUUGUUUUUUUACGGGGACGUACUACGAAGCUUGCUGUAAUCUGGAAAUCUGUCGGGACAUGGCGCACCGGGAUUUCACACAAUAUGCAUGCGGUCUGUGGUGUCAGGUCUUUCAUGAUUAGGUUUCCGUUAAUAGAUUGAAUGCGUAUCUUCUUAUUUUAUUUUCCCGUUGUACGGGAUCUUGCACUCGCCCAUUAAUCGUUCUUUCCUCCUUCUUUGAUGUACUAAAAAAUUUGUUUCAGAACUCCUGAUUCAAUCUUGAUUCGUGUAUAUUUUCUUGUUUUCUCUGGUUGAUCGUUUGUUGAACACUUUCAACAGAGAGUCGCCGUCUGGAACCGGUGAAAUGUCUUUUGAUGUCCAAAGUCAUUAGCUAAUGCUAUCAGAGACCCAAAAAUGAAUCGUUGGUUGGGAUGCUUUGUUAUCCUGUUUGUCUCAUUAGUAUGUGAUAGAUUGCUAUUUGGCUAUAAAUUUCUCUCCGUCAACUGUUUUCUUCUGCUGAAUAAUUUUAAUUGAUAUUGGAAAUGUCAUUUUUCUCGUUCUUACACUCUCUUCUAUGUUCUAUUUCGAGCCUGGUAGUAUUGCAUUCUGAGGUACCAGCUGAUAGUUAUUUCAAGUCAGUCUGCGUUGCUGUGCCUGCUGCAUUUUCUUCUCAUUUGUUUUCUUAUUGCUUUGCAGUUAGUCAUGAGAUUUGAUUUUUUUACGAUUCUUGAUAGUGCUUCUGAUUAUUAUGACACCCUGUUGGAAAUGGCCUCAUGCACUUUCUGCCUAGGUUUUCUUGCAUUCUUCACAAUAUUGUUUGCGUGUUGGCGUAAAUUAGCUAACAGAGGUGUAUGGGCACUAUUUGUUUGGUGAUGAAAAUGAUUUUCGGAAAAAUAACUAAGAUUCCUACUAUAAUUGUAGCAUGUUUUUUCUUGGAUCUAAAUGCUAAUCCUUUUUUAUACCAUUUUCUACGACUCCAUUAAUUGGUGCAUAGCAGGCUUUCUUAUCCAAUCCAUAAUAUGUUAACCGUGCCUUCCUUUUUAUCUCUUCGUAUCAGUAUCUUGUUGAAAUUAUAUAUGUAUUUUUUAAUUUUUUUUCUAACUGAAGGUCUACUUGUACGGGGCUCAUGUGACAUCUUGGAAAAAUGACCAUGGGGACGAACUGCUUUUCGUGAGUAGCAAGGUACUGGAAAAUAUAUUUUAGAAUAUUCAUUCUAUGGUUUAAUCGCGCAUAAAUUCGUUUGCAUUUCAACUUAUGGCAUUGCCGACUAUAGAUAAUAGGAUAUAUUACUGUAGAUCAAGGUCCAUAAGUAGGAAUGUUAGUCAGCUUGGCUUCAGCUGGUGUGGCAUCAGCCUAAUCUUGAUUAGACUAGGUUGCCCUCUGGUGAGCCGUGCCCAAAUACAUCCUACCAAAAUAAAAAAUUAUAUUCUGUGCCGAAUUAUUCUGUAAAUAAAUAGUGUCAAAUAAUCAUUAACACAAAAAAGAGAUAUUGUGCAACCUUUUGCAUUUUAAACUCUUGAAAAACCUUCCUUCAUCUUAGUUGCUUCUAGGACGGAGAAAAGGACACAAACAAUACCAAAUCGCAUAAUCACCUUCUUUCUCAUCCCACAAGAAUCUUACCCACUCUUUCAUUGUCAGAAACCCGUAUAAAACACUAUAAAUUGUUGAACUUUAAUUUUAAAAAAAUAUGCUUGUUUCUCUCCGUCCAAACAGCUUAGAGAGAUCAAUGCAAAAAUGCCACCAAAUCUUGUGAUCCAGCUUCCUUUUCCAAUGUUGAAUGCACCGUUGACGGAGCUUUUUGAUAUUAUUUGAGUGUUGCGACCUUAGGAAUAUUUUAAUGUAUAAAAAUUGCCUAUUCUUCAUAAUGGAUUACCUUUUAAGGUACUAAAAAGUUUUCACGUCCUCCCACGUCUAAUGUGUGGGCGACAGCAUCCUCAUGUUUAGUUGAAUGACAUACCCUCCUUGACCGAACAUCUAGGUGUAGUCUGGUGGCCUACAAUGUCCAGUAUAGGCUGUCCAAUCAGCCAACUGACGUGCCCUUUAGUAUUAUCCAUGUUUUUUAUUUCAAUAGACAAUCGUGUGCGCAGUAAUUUAAUUGUUUUGAAUUUUUCUAUUCAGCUACCUAUCACCAACUCUCCACAAGCAUAUGAGAUCCAAGAGACUGACCAGUCAGCCAGAGUUCCUACCAUACUCCUAAUCAUUAGGUGUUAUUGAUCGUUUGUCGGUUCUUUAUGUACAACCAGGGGUCCAAGUACUACAGGAAAUAUUCCCUUAAAGAUUCCAGUGUUAAAGUUGUUCAUAUUCAUCAUUCUACCUAAAUUUGACAGUCUAAAUGACCACAAGUGGCAUCACAAUUAUGCCAAAGUUAACUUUCCUGCAUCAAAAGAUCUGUGAGGUUAGUUGAUAGGAAGAAGUUUUACCAUCGUAUUUUGAACGAGUACGAUGGAGAGAAAGAGGGAAGUCUUAUGUUGGAGAUGUGAUCUUCAGUGGCCGAAGUAUUUGGUGAUGUUCAUAUCAAUGGUUGGAAUUAGUUAUAUAUUUGGUGCUGUAGAUUUUUUAUUUCAAUGUUAUGGUUUUUUUUUUCUUGUGAAUACUUGGUUAAGUCGCUUUAUUACUGUAAUGCAUAGAGGUGUUGCAUCCGCAGUAGCAGGGGGAUGCUGUACAUCUGUAGAAAACAUAAAAGAUCGAAAAGUGAACGAAACGGAGUUGCAAAAUGUUGGCUUCCAUCGGAUGCACCAUGAAGAGUGUGGAGAAGAUCCGGGAUUGAAUGGUAUGACUGAACGUGAUCUGACUUCAUCAGCAUAUCGUAAAAAAAAACAUCAGAGCGUCACUACGGAAAAGUCAUUAUUUUGGAUGGCACUCUUUGCCAAGGUUAAUGCGAGGUCCUGUUGAUGAACCAAAAACCGAAGCCCACAAGUUUCGAGUAAAGUGCGUGUGCUUCAACAUCCAUAUCCGAGGAAUACUCAAGCUCAACCGGUUGGAAAGGAAUCUGGUGAAAAUUAGCUGCCUGAGCUAUGUAGAGUGCAGAUGAAUGAGUUGGUAAACUCUGCUAGAGUCAUCAGAUUGAGCUGACCUGCGUCUGAGACUUGAUUUCUGCUUAGCCUGCUCUGCCAUAUUUUUGACAAGAAGGUAUGAUAUUCAGGAUUUAUGGAGGGGAAAACGAGAUCGGAAAAUAUUUUGAUAAACUCAAAUCUAGGAAGGCAGUUGGCCAAGGAUCUCUAUGCUAGUCAAGCACGGUUUAUAUGUAGGAUCUCAGAGGUGACUUACCAUUGUGAUGAGGAAAGAGGUUUGAUUUGAAACUCUCAAAGGCCUGUUUGGGGGGAGGGGAGAUAGCCAGUGGUAGUAUGGCCGAUGGAGAAUGUGGAGGAGGGUUAUUAAGCUCUGAAUUUUAUUGAAGUACUGCGUUUUGUACGUCUGGGCGUGGGAAAAUGGUUCCCGAGUCUUUUUGAUGUGAUGUGUGUUGUGUUUUUUGAUUAUUUUUCAUUUCAUAUUCUUUGCGUUCUUUGUUUUCAUACAAUGAUGUUAGAUUUUAUUAUUUCUAUCAACGUUGCUCGCUACUAGUACUGUGUAAGCAGUCUUUCCCCCAUGAUGACUCUCCUGGCCAGGUUUCUCAUGAAUGUGGUGAUCAUUGAUCUCUGAUAUUUUCUGAAUAGUUCAAUUAUUUUUUUAAUAAUUUCGUAUCUCCUUUUUUUUUUCCCCCUUUUCUCGCAGGCUAUUUUUAAGCCGCCAAAGGCGAUUCGUGGGGGGAUCCCUAUAUGCUUUCCACAAGUAAGAAUCUAAUCUCGUCUAACAUUCAUAACUUGCAUUAAUAAUCCUUACAUCGAAACUGUUCUCUCCUCUGCGAACGGGGUGUUGGUAAUUUCGAGCUAUGAUUGCACUCUCUACUUCUUUAAUUUGGCUGUAGAUUUUAUUUUCUUUUUACUUUAGUUUAGUCAUUUUAUUUACUUAUCUUGCUAAGGCUGAAUGUCUUCUGACCUCAGUUUGGAAGUCAUGGAACUCUUGAACAACAUGGGUUUGCGAGGAACAGGUUCUGGAACAUAGACACAAGCCCUCCACCUUUUCCGACGAACACCACAAAUAGAGCUUUCGUUGACUUGAUCCUUAAGCCAUCCGAUGAAGAUUCCAAAAUCUGGCCGCAUAGGUAGCCUCGACUCUCCCCCCAUUUGUUCGCAUCUCUUCUCAGAAGGACAGCCCUGUGGGACGUGGCCAAGCAGUUCCUUUUCUUCUACUUUGCAGUUACGAAUUUCGUCUGAGAGUCACCUUGGGACCCGGAGGAGAUCUCAUGCUGACAUCGCGCAUAAGAAAUACAGGCUUGGACGGGAAGCCCUUUUCCUUCACAUUUGCAUACCACACCUACUUUUCUGUCUCUGACAUCAGGUGCGCAAGUUAAUCGCUUUGACCUGAACUUUGUCAAUAUUCAAGUAAUUAUUCUGCAUGUGAUAUCAUAGAUCUUUGAGGCAUAGGUACUAGUUGUAGGGAUAAGGGAAGCAUUGUUGUGGCCUAAGCCCUGCACAUAAAGCACAUAAACACAGUCCAAAGUUUGCCGAUGAUUGCUCAUGUACGAUGGGGAUAUGACUUGGGAUGGAAGACGGGAGGGAUGGGAUAAGCUGUAACAUCUCUCUCUACAUAUGUACAUAUAUGGGAUGGUGCAUUGAUGGUGCAUUGAUACUCUUGACGAUAUCCAAGAUCGGGUAGUUUGAACGAAUGCAUUGUGAAUGUUCUCAGUGAGGUGCGUGUGGAAGGACUGGAGACGCUGGACUAUCUCGACAACCUGAAGGCGAGGGAGCGCUUCACGGAGCAGGGAGACUCCAUUACGUUUGAAUCAGAAGUGGGUAAUUCGUCAGAUUCUCCGAUCUCCCCCCCCCCCGCGGCCUUUAGCUACUUACUGACUGUUGCUUAUUCUAUGAAGAUGGACAAGGUUUAUGUCAGCACCCCCACUAAGAUUGCGAUACUCGACCACGAAAAGAAGAGAACUUUCGUCCUACGGAAAGACGGGCUCCCCGAUGCCGGUGUGUUUGAGUAUAUUAUAACCCCACCUCUCUCCCUCUCUCUCCCUCUCUUUCUUUCUUAUAGCCGUUGUGUCUCUGCAACAGUGGUGUGGAACCCCUGGGACAAGAAGGCCAAAUCCAUACCAGACCUUGGGGACGACGACUACAAGCACAUGCUGUGCGUGGAGGCGGCUUGCAUCGAGAAGUCUAUUACUCUGAAGCCCGGGGAGGAGUGGAAAGGCAGGCAGGAGUUGUCCACUGUCCCCUCCAGCUAUUGCAGCGGGCAGCUCGAUCCCUCCAAGGUUCUCGAAGCCUACGGCUCCCUCACAGGUCGGGGCCCCUCUUCUGCCAAGGAUUUCUGCCCUUAA